AUGCUUGAAGAGAUUUUAUUGGGCGAGGCAAUACAAUAGCAAACUAUUCAACAUUCAUCAAUUCCACUUUCAGGAUCUGCAUCAAAUGAUCUUUUUGAAUGCACAGACUCUAAUAUUUCUUUAGAAAUUGAUCAGAUUGCAUAUGUCUUGUAAUAUUUGAUUUUAUAUUCUUUAGAUAAUUACUUAAUUGUUAAAUAGUGUCAAUUAACAUAUAUAACAUGAGAGAGAUAUUUACAAAAAAAAUGCAACAUACUUAAGAGUAUCUAGAGUUUUCUCAUCCUAUUACAUAAAAUGGAUGCACAUUUAUUAAUGAUAAUAAUACACCAUAUUUAUUAGUAGUUACUCAAAUUGGACACAUUUUUUAUAAAAAUUUAAUAACAAACACGACAAACAUAUUAAAAAAUUUAGUGGUUGAAAAUAUAAAAAUACAAUGCUUAGUUUAAUCAUCUGUUCAUAAGGAUGGAUUUUAGUUUUAUUUCAUUAGUGACACAGAUAUUUUAUAUCAUGUAACUUUAGAUGUUAUUAGUGGAGAGUUUUAAAAAAAUAAAUACAAAUUGAAUUUUGGUACUAAAAAUUUUAGUGGAUUUUUUAAUUGCUUUUCUUAAAAUUGGAGAAGUGCCUUCACUUUAAAUGAUAGUUAGAUUUUACAUUUUUCUUAUAUAAGUCAAUUUUAUUUGUUAGAAUUGAGAAAGACAGAAUAUUAAGCAAUUUAAUUAUAAUGUUAAGAUAACAUAAAAACUAAGCAUGUUAAUAUAUUAUAACAAAAUCAAAAAGGAAAAUUAUAUGUGUAUUAUUAAAUCAAUGGGUAACUAAAGCUAUGUUCAAUAAAUUAAAAUUAAUUAAAUAUUGAUUAUAUAUUUAAUUUGGAAAAAAUAAAUCCUGAUAAUCAUUACUAUUUAAGUAUUCUUUAAAACCAUAUUAUUUUGAUUUAAGGAUUUGAGAUUUAUCAAUUAAACAAGGAAAAAACAAGUUUUAAAUUAAUAACUUAAAAUUAAGCCCCAGUACUCGGCCAUAUUUAGUCAAACGAUAAAUUAUUAUUAUUUUAUAAUAAUCAUGUUACUUAUAUGCAAUAAAUUUCAGAUAAGAUAAGUUUAAAACAGAAAACUUUACGAAGGCAAGUGGAGAAAUUUAAAAAUUAAUUAAGACAAUAACUAAACUUAAUAGAUGAUGAGAUUUUGUUUUAAUCAAUUAAAAUAUAUCCAAAACCAGAAAAUACUCUUAAUUAGUUUCAAAAAUUAAUAAAAAUGAUACAUAGAAAUAUAGAUCAAAGAAAGAUUAUUUCUAUGAUGAAAUCUUAACUUAAUAAUUUUUUUACUCAAAAUUUUUUAGAUGAUUUGAUAAGAGAAGUUGAAAAUAUUUAUAUAUUUGUUAAGCCUGCUAUAAAAGCUUUAUAACUAGAUAUUAAUUUAGUAUAAAAAGAAUUAAAUGAUUAAUUGGAAGAUUUAAAUGAAAACUUAAAUUAAUUAUUUCAAGAAAAUUAUGAAUCUAAUGAUAUCGCAAUUAUUGAUGAACAAGAAUUAAGAAAGUUAGCCAUACUUAAAUCAAUGGUUGUUUCUUUGUUAUGGGAUUAUUAUUAAAUGCAGUUAGAAAUCUUUUUAGGAUAUGGAGUGUUGUCAAAUUUAACCAAUUAAAAAAUAGAAUUUGAAAUCGAAUUUUAACAAUUUUAUAAUACAAUUUUGUUACUCUCAUUAAUUGAGGAUGAAAAACUAAUAGAUAUAUAAAAAAUUUUGAAAAAAUAAUUUAGUAAAAUAAGAGAAUAAAUUAAGCUUUCAAAUUUAAAAACUUUCAAAAAUGCAUUGAAACCUUAUAUAAAUUUAAUAUUUAAUGAUAUUUAGAAGAAUUUCGCUAUGCCAGAUGAAUAUUUUUGUGAAUAAUUUGUUCAUAAUCAAAUUAAUUUUCAUUCACAUAAUGUUGAUUCAAAAGGUCUAAUUAGACAUUUUAGAAUAGCAUAACAAACAAGGUAGAUACCAAGUGAUGCAUUAUAUUUUAUAAAAAAUAAUGAAAAUCAAAACAGAGAAUUGAAAUUGAAAAUUAGUUUCACAAUCUAAAAAUAAAAUCCAAAAUAGGAUAAAAAGCAAGAAUUAAUUUUAAAUAAAUUGAUAUUUUAUGCAAUCAAAUUGAAGUAAUAUAACUUACUAUUUUAAACCUUUAAUUUAAAUGAUGUUUCGAAAUGUUUCGAUUCAUAUAAAAUAGAAGUUGAUGAUAUCUCCUUAUUUAAAUGUUAUUUAAGUAAUUUAUUUAGAUAUAUAUUAGAUGUGAGAACAACAGAUAAAUUAGGAGAAUAUUUUUUGAAUUACUCUAGAGAAUUUCACCAUUUGCAAAAUGAAAAUAAAAUAUUGUCAUAUUUUAGCUACUUGAUAAAAUUGGAAUCCAAAGCAAAAGUAAUUUUUUAUUAUUAUUUAAGGCUUAUACUUUAUUAUUCGAAUAUAUAGUAAAUUUAGAGUCUUUAUUAGUCAAUUUAAAAAAGGAAGAGUAAGUCUCAACAAUUAGAACUUAGUUGAAUUGCAUAAAUUUGUUAAUAAAUUAAAUGAAAUUGAAAAGCGAUCAGGAUAAGAAACCAUAUGCAUCUUAAAUAGUAUGUAAAAUAAAAGAUUAAAUAUAUCAAUAAUUUUUAAAUCCAAGUACAGUGGGAGAUCUACAAUAAUUUGAAUAAAACACUUAAGGGAAUAUUAGGGUGAUAAAUUUUAAAUAAAUUAAAUUUUUGAAGUAAUAUAAAGAGAUUUAAUAUUUUGUGUGCUAAAAUUACAGUCCUUAGACACAAUUACAAAAAGUAAUAGAACAAUUGAUUCUUAAUAAUAAUUUUGAUCAACUAUUAAAGAUAGUAAAAAUGAAAAUAGAUCCAAAUUAUGAGAAGAAUGUGGCAUUCUUUUAUCUUUGGAAUAAAGAGUCAAGACAGAAGUUGAUUAAUGGAUUGUCAGUAAUUUUGAAAGAAAAAGAGUUAUCAGUCAUUUUGGCUUAAAUUUGCGUAUAUUGCAAUUUAAAAACAGCUAACUGCUUAGAGCUAUAUUAGAAAGCUCCGUCUUAGAAAUAUUUCUUAUAAUAUCUCAUUAAUAUUGAUAAAGAACAAAUUUUAUAAGAGAUAAUUUGA